CAAGCAUGUGGCAACGAGAAGCUAUCGUGUUUGCACAGGAGCUUCACGGAAAACUGGAAUGACAUAUAGCAAACGUUGAACUAGCUUUUACCUAGCGGAAUGCUCUGUGACCGCUAAAUACAUACACGUUAUCAAUUACUUAAGACUGAUUGCUAGUAGUUGAAGAAAGCGAAAACCCAAAUCAAAACAGAAGUCGAUAAGAUUAAGAGAUUCACUCAGCAUCAGGAUCUGUCUGCUCUUUGACAGCAAGAGAUGAGUGCAUCAUGACGUCACACUGAAACAGACAAGAUAUCCAUUCUCUGUUUGAAUGCACAAAAUUGCGAAUCACUUCAAUACCGGAUAAAACAAUGAACUCCAAACCUGGAACUUCAAAGAUCACAGGUCAGAGCAGAUAUCCUAGACCGAGGGCUGUCAUAACGGACCGAGAAAUCCGCUACAGGUGCUCCUUGCAGAACACAAUCAGCGAGGUAUUACGGGAUCGACCAGGCUGGCAGGAGGUUAUUGGGUAUUGUGACUGUGACUGGGACUUCUACUGGUGUGAUCGGGAAUGGCUACAUCAGAACUAUGACACCACCUUCCUCCACGAGCAUCAGAGAAUCCUGCACUUCAGAAAUCACUAUGAGCUUACCAGAAAGAAUUUAAUGGUGAAGAAUUUGAAGAGGCUUCGGAAACAAGUGGAAAGAGAACAUGGCAAGCUCGAGGCUCAAAGCUUUGACUUCUACCCAACUACAUAUGAGUUACCUUCGGAGUACCAUAUCUUUGUGGAGGAGUUCAAGAAGAGCCCUGGUGUGGUGUGGAUCAUGAAGCCUGCAGCCAAGUCACAGGGGAAGGGCAUUUUCCUGUUCCGUAAACUGAAGGACAUCAUGGACUGGAGAAAGGGUCAGUACCAGCCAGUGUCCGACCCCAAUAUUCGGGAGGGUCCGGAGCUCUAUGUUGUACAGCCCUAUAUUGAAGACCCCUAUCUGAUUGGUGGACGCAAGUUUGACAUCCGUGUCUAUGUUCUUGUAUUGUCUUACAACCCGUUAAAGGUAUGGCUAUACCGGGAUGGGUUUGCCCGCUUCUCCAACACCCGGUUCUCGCUAGACUCUAUUGAAGAUGCGUAUGUUCAUCUGACCAACGUAGCUGUUCAGAAGACAGCUCCAGAUUAUGAUCCAGAACGAGGCUGCAAAUGGUCCACACGGCAGCUUCGAAAAUACCUCUCUGCGAAACAUGGUGAUGAAGAUGUGAAAAAUCUGUUCAAGAACAUUGACAACAUGAUCAUCAAAUGUCUACAGAGUGUUCAGAAGAUCAUGAUCAACGACAAACACUGCUUUGAGAUGUAUGGCUACGAUGUGCUGUUGGACUCCCAGCUCAAGCCCUGGCUCAUCGAGAUCAAUGCAUCGCCAUCACUGACAGCAAGUGGGAAAGACGAUUACGACCUGAAGUAUGGCCUGCUCACUGAUCUCCUAAAUGUGCUGGAUCUCGAGAACAGACUGACAGGGAGAGAGAAGAGAAUUGGCGGCUGGGAUCUGCUCUGGGACGACGGACCCGUCGCAGCGGAUGAAGGCAACAUGGACUGCAAUGGAGGCACCAGUGUCUACAAUGCAAACUCCUUCCUUGGUUGUCAAAAUGAGCGGAAGUCCCAACUUAGAGAAAUGUUCAAGGUGGCCCAGAUGGUAAAGAGACCUCAGUGAGAGCAGACGCCAAGAUUACGUAGCAGAACAGAUACUAAACCACUUCAAAGAGGAGAUAACAGAACCAUAUUACAGAACAGACGCCGAAACCACAUUGAAGAGCAGACAUCAGAGCAAACACCAAAACCACAUUGCAGAGCAGACAUCAAAAUACCUGACAGCAGAAACCAAAGCAGAUGCCAAAACAGUACAGAGCAGAAGUUAAAGAAGAUGAUGUAGCAGAAGACAGAUCAUCUGUGACAAUCUUACCUACUUACAUGGUACAUGUAAAUGCUUGCAUGUUUUCAUGUUUGGUGCCAUGGAAAUGUAAAGAUUUGUUUUUGAGUUUCUGAAAUGAUUUUACAGAGCUCAAGUUAAGUAUAUUAAGAAAAAUCAGAAAAUUAUUCCUAAACUUUCAAGACUCUGGAUUCAUGAUAAUGCAUUUAAGCUGAUAUUGUGCUUUAUCAGACUUGAAAGGGUGAUCUUCUCAGGACAAGGGUGUUUGACACACAGGAUGACAACAAACUCCGUACUUGGUUAAGCCCUUCAUCAUUGUUUGUCUACGAAAUCAGUUUUGAUAAUCAGGUGCAAUGGAGGGAUAGGAACGCUGAUGAGAAGUCUAGACAUGGCUGAAGGGCACGCAGCUCACCAUUUGUGAUAUUCCAUCAGCAAUUUUGUCUCAGCAAAACUUUAUGAUACGCACAGAUUGGCGUGUCUCUGCAUACUUUAACCAUGAACAAUGAACAAAAUUUAAAGUAGAAAGAUAAAAUUUUCCUCCCUAAGCUCUCAGGUUUUAAAAAAGCCAUGAGAAAGAAGAAUUGAUGAAACUUAAUAGUUGAUUACUUCAGAGUGACCAUGACAGGAUAUCCAAGGGUGAGUCCUUGUGUACACGCUGGAAGUCUGACAUUGUAUUCAGACACAGGCAAUAUCUGGAUGAUGCUGAUGUUGGUUAGAGAUCUUGUGACUUGCCAGUUCUGCCACAUGCAAUUUUGUUUUUGCAAUAUAUAUAUAUAAUUUUGUUUGCUGUGCUAUAUUUAGCCAAAUGGAUAUAUUUUUUAUAAGAAAAUGGAUUCUGACACAGGGAAUGUUGGUCUUGCCACCAUAUAUGGGUGAUGUAUUAGAGGUGAUAGAAUAUUGUUUUAUGCUGCAGUCUGUAAUACUCGAGCCAUAAUGAUAGUGAAUGAAUAACAGUAUGGCAGUCGCAAACCAGUGUUUGAUAGCAUGAACACCAACCUGUGCUGCUGGGCUAGUAUGACUUGCAUUUAUUGCAUUUUCAUUGGUUGUUGGGACAAAUAUUUGCAAGACUACAACUUGGCAACGUCGCUUGAAAGGCAGAUUGGUUCAUGAUUCAUGCCAUGCUUCACAGAUCUUGCUGGUCUCUUUGAUCUUUAGGAUUAAUUGUGUAAGGGUUAGGUAUGAAAUUAUGAAUCCCCCGACACAAUCUAUAUCCCUUGGAUCCCCAUGACAGCUCUCAGGGUAAAUUUUUGGGCUAGUAAUCUCUUUUAGUGAAUUAACCAAUGAUGUUGGUGGAAAAUCUGUGCAAUUUUGAUCAAAGUCGAGGUAAUUUCUACUAUGCAUGCACAAGCUAAACAGUUUGGUGCAGAUCCCCAGAUUGACAAGCACUGUAUACUUGGGACUGCUCCAGUGGCCCUGUAGUAAAGUGCACAGGGGAGUAAUAUGAGUUCCGAUCCUUAUGAAAUGUGGUCAGAGUAAGUCCUUAAUUAACACACCUCAGUGGUGGAUCCAGAGUUUGAGUUGACAAUGGCAAGGAUCAGGUGGAUGUUGCCUGUCACUGUAGCCUGUCCAAAAGGAGUGUUACUCAACCGCUGGUUUGCCAAGCUGGGAUAGUUUAGUUCCUGGUCACUGCUAUAUUCAUGUAGUGUUGUUGAUGGUGGCAUAAAACAACAUUCAGCCAUGGAUAUGUUUUGUUUGCUCACAAAUUGAAAUAUAUCUCAUAUCUUAUAAUAUUAAUCUCCAUCACAAAUAUCAUAUCUAUAUUCCAUUCAAAUAUGCAAUAUAUUUCAGUUUGAUGCCAGUUUAUUGAAACUUAUGAAAGCUGUAUCAUCCUAGCCAACAAGAACCACAGUGUGACAGUGAUAUACAAUGUGUGUGUGUGUGACUCAUUAUGCCCUGAUCCUAUGUGAGACGUAUUUUACACUUAAUAAUUAAUACACUUAAAUCAAUGUAUCGUUGAUGUUAUCCUGGCUAUAGAAGCUUGAUGGCCAAGUGGGCACUGUGCUUGCUAAUCAGGCAAAAUACAAUCAGAUAACACUGAUAUAGGGAAUCUUCAACAUGCAUAAUAUUAUACAAUUUCCCUGUUCAUCAGCUUCCAAAUAGAUGUAAAAGAGUGAAUGUUAUCAAUAUGUACAACUUUAUUUCAUGAUUUAGUUAUAUCAUUACUUUACCGAAGAGGAAAACUUUAUUACUUCAGGCUUUCCUCCAGGUAUGGUGUUAAACCCAACUCACUCACUAAUGCUAUUAAUUUGGUGAAACCAGUAGUAAUUUCAUGGUAACCCUUUCUACUGAGGUCCCCUUAUGUAGGGCAUUCUUUUGUUUUUUGUUGCUCAAUGCCCCAACCUUCAGUAUAUUCCAGUAAUGAUGGUGCUCUCUAAAUAAUCGAGUAUGGCCCUGACAAUCCAGUGAUUGACAUGAGCAUCAAUCUGAAUUAGGAGAUGGCUUGCAGCAACCAAGUCAGCAAGCCUGACCACCUGAUCCCGUUAAUCACCUUUUACGAUAAACAUGGGUUGCUGAAGACCAAUUCUAACCCGGAUCUUCAAGGGUCCUAUGUAUAGUAAGUAGGCUUGAUGCUUAACACUGUAUUCGAUCCAACCUACCUGUAUUGCUUCAAGAAAAGUAUGCACACCUGUUUGACUGGAUGAACUGCCUGCAGGUGUACCUCUUGUCUCCACAAACCUGGGUUGUUCUGACCUUUGUGUUCAGAUAAUACAUUGAUAUAAUAAACUGGUACCAAAGGUGCAAAUUGUGAAUUUUUUUAAAGUAAAAUCUGUAUUUUGUGUACACAAAUUGUUCUCAUUAUGUGUAUAUAUGUGGGUUUAGUCCUGAAAGACUGACUGAAACUGUCUUCCACAUGGCAUGUAAAUUGUUUUGAUUGUGUAACAUUUUCAGAAUUAGUU